AUUAUUAAAAAAGCGCGGGUAAACUACUAGUGUAUACAUUUAUAUUUUCUUUUCUUUUUUUUUUAUAUUAACAAUAAAUAAUGGUUGAAAUUAAACCUUAUGGGGCAUGGCCUUCACCUAUUACAGCAGAGUCAUUAUCAGCUGGAGCGACUGCUACUGACACAUGUGUUGAUAAUGGCUUUAUUUAUUGGUGUCAGUCUGUUGCCCACGAAAAAGGCAGAGGACAGAUUUUUAAACAGUCUAUUCAUGACAGUCAACUACCUCCUGAAGCACUUUUACCUGCAGGAUAUAGCUGUAUGACUCGUGUUCAUGAAUAUGGUUUAGGUGCCUUUAAAGUUUCAAAUGGUCUUGUUGUGUUUUCUAACAAUGAUGAUUCCCGACUUUAUACCAUCUUUAAUAACGAAAUUAAACCUUUAACUCAACCUAAUACACUUUAUCGUUAUGCUGAUUUGACCAUUGACAAAGAAAAUCGUUUCUUGGUAUGUGUUCGUGAGGAACAUUUCCUUAAUGAAGAACCUAAAGAUGUUGUUAAUGUUCUUGUCUCCAUUGACUUGAAUUCUGGGCAUGAGACCAUCAUUGCUCAGGGCGAAGAUUUUUAUGCUUUCCCUCGUCUUUCUGCUCAAAAUGAAUUGGCAUUUGUUUGUUGGAAGCAUCCCAAUAUGCCCUGGGACUUUACUCGUCUUUACUAUGCCAACACUCUCUAUGAAAAUGAACAACUUGUUUUAAAGGAUAUGAUCUGUGUUGCUGGUGAUGAAAUUGAAGAAAGCAUUUCUCAACCUGAAUUUGGUAUCGAUGGCACACUUUAUUUCGCCUCUGAUCGUUCUGGAUUUUGGAAUUUAUAUUCCUUUAAUGGUAAAGAGGUCAACUUAUUGUUAGAGAGACCCCUUGAGCAAGAAUUUGUUGGACCUCUUUGGAGAUUCAAUCCUUCUGACUAUACACCACUCAAGUCAAAUGCACACCAAUUAAUUGUCGUUGAUAAGGAUUCACUUGCUAUCUUGGAUACACAAGAGAGGACGCUAAGUCGUUUAGACUGUAAAUAUGAUCAUUUCUCUGAUCUUCGCAUCUAUCUUGAUGACAAUCAACAUGAGUAUGUACUUGGUAACAUGUCCUCAACCACUGAACCUUGUUCACUUGUCUCUUAUGAUAUAAAGGAACAGGUCAUUCUUCAUGUCCAUCAACGAACGGAGACAGAACGAUUAGAAGCCGAGUAUAUAUCGAUUGGUAAAGAGAUUGAAUUCCCUACGACCGACGGUAGGACGGCUUAUUGCUAUUUUUAUGCACCCAAGAAUCCCAACUAUCAAGAUCGUCCAGGAGCUCUUCCUCCUCUUCGUCUCCUCUCUCACGGUGGGCCCACCUCCUCCACAAACAAUAGCUAUAAACGUUCUAUCCAAUACUGGACUACACGUGGCUUUGCUAUUGCAGAUGUCAAUUAUGGAGGUAGUACUGGCUAUGGUCGUGCCUAUCGUAAUCGUUUAAGAUUGAAUUGGGGUGUCGUUGAUGUCGAUGACUGUUGUAACGCCGCCUUGUAUUUAGCCAAGGAAGGUCUGGUGGAUGGUAACAAGUUGGCGAUCGAAGGCGGUAGCGCAGGCGGCUUCACCACCUUGGCUUCCUUGGCCUUCCGUCCAAGGGUCUUUCAAGCAGGGUGUUGUCGAUAUGGCAUCUCUGAUAUCACUUUACUAGCUAAGGAGACUCACAAGUUUGAAUCGAGAUACCCUGACCGUUUAAUUGGCGAGUACCCAAGGGAGAAGGAGAUCUAUAUCGAUCGUUCUCCCUUAUUUAAAGCCAAUCAAAUUGAAUGCCCCAUCAUCUUCUUCCAGGGAUCUCAGGACAAGGUCGUCCCGCCCUCUCAAGCGGAGGUCAUGGUGAAUGCCCUCAAACAGAACCAUGUCCCCGUCGCUUAUGUUCUCUAUGAAGGUGAAGCUCAUGGUUUCCGUCGUGCCGAAAACAUCAAACGUACAAUCGAGCUUGAGCAAUGGUUUUAUGGUCAAAUCUUUGGUUUCCCUGUUGAAGAUGUAGAAGGAGUAAAGAUUUAUAACUUUCCCCAAAAUAAAUAAAUAAAUAAAUGAAUACACAUAUAAAUAAAUUUUGGUUGUAUAUUUGUAUUUAUAAUAUAUCAUUUUUUUAUUUCAUUUUUUUUU